ACUAAGUUCUUAACCAAACGAACUCAGAAGAGAAAUCAGCCAGAAAAAUCUUUAAAAAAUGGAGAAAGAAGGGGAGAAUAAAUUUUUAGAAAAUGUAAUAGAGGCGUCCAAAGAAUUAGAUGCGCCAUUUUUAAUCGCCAAUGCAGUCAUCAACCAUCAUCCGAUUAUUUUCUGCAGCCAUUUGUUUGCUGCGGAGACCGGAUUCUCUAGAAAUGAAGUUACUCGCAAAGAUAUUUUUUUGGAUUUCUUGUACGGAAAACAGACAAGCAAAUCCGCGAAACGAGAUUAUGAACGCGCUAUACGAUAUAAAAAGCAAGUUCAAAUUGAGAUGAUUUUGUACAGUAAAAAUGAGGAGAAACGUUGGUGGCUUGUAACAACGCAUUUAAUCAAGGAAAGUAGUAGUGGUGAAAUAUGUUUGUAUCUUGUCUUGUUCAGUGACAUCACUCACGCCAAACCAAGAAUUCUAGAUUCUCCAAAAAGAAAAUGGAAAAAGGCAGCACACAAAUUGUUGGGCAAAGCUGACAUGAAUAUUUUCCGCUCCAAUCUAUUAUCGAAAGGUAAGAAGCCGAAAAAAAAGAAAACGUUGGAUAUGGAAAGUAUACAAAGCAAAAUGAAGGACGCUUUCAUACCACAGUAUGGCGGUGAAAAAAUCCAAGUCCCAAAAUUUGUCAUUUUACAAACGCUAAAAUGGAAAUCUAUAUGGGACGCAUUGAUCCUUUGUUGUAUCUUGUAUACGUCAUGUGUGGUCCCUUUUACACUUUGUUUCCCGUACACUGGAUUUAUACUGACAAUCUUUGAUACAAUUGUUGACACCAUGUUUCUGACAGAUAUCAUUUUAACAUUUUUUACUACAUACAUUGAUGAAAAAACUGGGGAAUUAAUAAGAAGCCUAAAAAUGAUUCGCUGGAAGUAUUUGAAAACUUGGUUUGCGUUCGAUUUCAUCUCUUCUCUACCGUAUGGUAUUGUCAAUUUCUUUGACCAAACUUCUAGUUUUGUUGGUAUUUUCCGCCUGUUAAAAAUGGUUCGUCUCAUAAGAUUAGGAAAGACUGGCAAAAAAAUGAAACGCUACAUGCAGAAUAAGACUGUCACUCUAGCGGUGUGGCUACUCGCCUUUUGUUUAUGUGCACAUUGGAUGGCGUGUAUUUGGUUUGCUAUUGCUUUAAAAAUUGACAAACCAUAUCACACUCCACACAGCUGGUUGACUAUACUAGCUCAAGUGUACGAACAACCGUUCAGUUUCGACGAAAACCAUGAAAUCAUAGACGGGACAGGCCCCUCUUUAGCAGCUAUGUAUAUAUCUGCGCUCUACUACACCAUGAGUAGUGUGACAACCUGUGGGUUCGGUAAUAUUGCACCCAACACAAGCGCUGAAAAAGUAUUUGGAUGUACUACUAUGCUGUUAGGAUGUGUUUUGUAUGCUUUAAUUUUCGGCCAAGUCACCAAUAUCAUCUCUCAACUCCAAAAAAAUUCAAACGAGUUUUCAGAACAGUUGAAUUCAAUAAAGCAAUUCAACACUACGUACAAAGUACCAGAGCUUGUUGCAAAGAGAGUUGAGAAUUAUUAUAAAGCAACAUGGGCGGUUACCAAAGGAACAGACGAGGAAGAGAUUUUAAAAACGUGUCCACGAGACUUACAAUCAGAUUUAUGUCUUCACAUUCAUUCCCAAAUUCUCACUGAUCGUGCGUUCAAAGGCGUAUCCUUAACUGCGUUACGAGUUUUAUCUCGAUAUUUCGAUACAAUUCGCACAUCACCAGGCGAUAAAUUGAUUUAUCAGGGCGAAAGUGUCGAAUCCUUAUACUUUGUCGCAACUGGAUCGUUAGAAGUAAAGCAAGGCGAUGAUCUGAUAGGAUUAAUUGGUCCAUCCGAUGUGUUUGGUAUGCGUUUGGCUGAUGAAGGUUCGGGACGGUCACUAUACGACGUGGAAGCGUGCUCCUUUGGUACCAUUCAUUCGAUAUGUACAGGACUUGUGCAUGAAGCGCUUGCCUUAUACCCAGAAGAUUUGGACAAAAUAAAAUACCAAUUGAUUUUGUCUUUCGAUAUCACAAGACAGGUGAAAAUUAUGACAAAAAGUGGAGAAUUGUUCACAACUGAAAUGCCUGAAUCAAUGAAGGAAAAAGAGCCGGUAAGCGAAACAAAUGUGUACACGAAUGGUGAUGAUAUUACAGCUUUGGAUUAUUCCCAAACAAGUGACGUUUUAGCUGGAAUGAGCGAGUUAAAGGGUGAACUACGCCGUGAAACAGAACGUAUGAACUCUAAAAUGGGAGUAGUCGAGGCGCAAAUGAUGUUAGUGUUAAAAUUACUACGAAGGAAUAACACUAUUGAUGUUGACCCAGAAAUUGGAAUGCGUUUGAACCAACUUGAAUCUGUAGAAAACAUCGAUGAAGCUGGAGAAUGGUUUGUUGCAGAUUCUCAGGGCUGGAAGGAGAUACCUCCAGAAAACGCACGCAAAGAAAGUGUUUUUAAACCGCCUGAUUUCACUAUAGUGACGGUGGCCGAAAAAAUGAAAGAUUUAUCGGAAAGUCACAACGACCCAACAACGUUACAAAGAGAAAAGAAAAAUGCAAAUAAAGGUGCAGUUAAGGAGAAAGCAAACGAAAAUGACUCGAAGUCUAAAAAGAAGCCUAGAAGCGCCAAACAUCCUAUCAAACAACCGAAAAGUACUCCUGAUACAGACGAUACUGAAACAUUGAUUGAAACAAUUCGUCUCUAAGUUUCUCACAAAAGUUGCAUUUUACGUUUCUCUUAAAAAACCAAAGAGCGAAAAAGUUGUUCAAAUAAAUAGUCGAAUCAAGUUUGUCGAAUACAAUUUAAUUAUGACUUAGAAAGUGUCUUCGCGGGAAAUGAACAGCUCUUACACGCAACACUCGUUAGUAAAAUCUAGGAAAAUUUCCAUUUUUUUAGAUAAAAUGUGAAUGCUUUUUUAUUAUGAGAG